AUGAGCACACCAAAGACUAAUUCCAAGAGAAAACGGAACCAUUCUGAAGUCUCAGAUACAGAAAGUACCACUUCAAGCAGAUCUAAAUCAACAAGUGAAGAGAGUUCUGAAUCAUUUAGUGCAUCUAUUUCUGAUUCUGAAGAUGGAUCGGACACAUCUGGAAGGAGAAAGAAAGCUCGUACAGCCUUCACAACAGAGCAAAUUUGUGAUUUGGAAAAGAGAUACCAUACACAGAAGUACCUUCCAGCCAACGAGCGCAGUGUUCUUGCUGAAAAGCUUAAACUUUCAGAUCAACAAGUAAAAACCUGGUUUCAAAACAGGCGAAUGAAGGAAAAGCGGCAACAAAGAGAUGACGACCAGUCAAGAUCAUUUUUGUUACCAACAGGUGGCGUCGACAUUGCUCAACUUGUUGCUAUGGGAAUGCCAUGUCCUCCUCCACACAACAUCAGCGGAACAAAUAUGUUACAACUUCCAGGUUUUAUUGGAGCACCACACAUGAUAUCGCCACAUCAGAUGUCCACCUUCUCAGCUCGUAAAUCACCGUCUGCCAUUGGUCCAGGAUACUACAACUCUCCAUACAGUACCAAAUUCGACAGAAGUUCUUCACAACUUGGACAUCAUUCGUUUUGAUUUUUUCUGUAUCUCAUGUGAACUAUAGUGCUAUUCGUUAAGGUUUCCAAAGUGCCAAAUAUUGUAAUUUGAACAUUGUUAUUGUA